GCCAAUGCCAAGCAGUCGUCGCCCGCUUCGACGAGCAGGUGGGCGAAGCUUUGGAUGACAUUGCUCACAUUGCCGUGGACGGCGAGAUUCCAGGCACUGUGUCCAUGGCUGUGCUGGAAGGCCUGGAGCGAGUCCUCACUUCCACGAAGCUGGUGUUGCCUUCCGUAGACCCCCUUUGGCCUGGAGACGGAAAGGCCGCCAUGAAUCAAGAAAUUCAAAAAUUGCGGAAUUUCAUUGCAGGGCAGUUCUCGCAGCAGGCCGAGCUGCUGCAGAGCUUGAGCCGUCAGGUGGAGCGCGCCGGCAAGGUUGUGCAAAUGUCCAGCAAGGCAGACGUUCACACUCCGAACGGAGUGGCACCGACUCCACCACUUAGUCCUUUGUCACUGCCGAAGCGCUCCGAGGAUGAGCCCAAGAGUGAGGGGCACGAGCAGCUCUUCUCAUCCGAUACAUCUCGCGAAGCCACAGAGCAUGUUCUCUCCAACGACACGCAGAAGUCGAAAGAUCGAAGGCAAAGCCUCGGCAGUGAUGGCUUGCAAAGCCUGACCAUGGACAGUGACAAGCUGGAUCUCGCUUCGGAUGCCGAGGCACGACAACAGCGCAAAAUCUAUGCAGCAGCAGCGGCCGCGACCGGCCAGCUUGCGACUGAAGAAGACGAUCAGCAAAAACGUCAGCCAAACUGGAGGGAUCCGAAGGAUGUGGCCAAGUACCUCACGCGAAGUAGUGUGUUCAUCUACGGGAUCAUGGGUGUUAUCCUCUUCAACCUGAUCUCACUAGGAAUCGAAGUUGACAUUGCGGCCCGGGAUGGGUCGGACAAGGUGCCUAUCUGGUUCGACUACAUGAACAUGUUUGUCGUCUUCAUCUUUGUUGUGGAGCUUUCCGUGAACUUUGUUGCCAAUGGCCCAUGGGGUUUCUGCUGUGGGGGCGACAGAUUAUGGAAUUUUUUCGACCUCGUCAUUGUGGCACUGUCAGUAGUUGAGACCGUGGUCAGCUUUAUGGCAAAUGCGGCACCAACAUCUCAGGUAAGUCCCAGCCAUUUGCGCUUCAUGCGGCCGAUCCGUUUGGCUCGCGCUUUGCGUGGGGUGCGGGUCAUGCGGCUGUUCCGCUAUGUCGGUGCUUUGAGGACGCUGUUGCUGUCCAUCAUGAGCAGCAUCGCGUCGCUCUUUUGGACCAUUGUAUUGCUCGUGCUUCUGUUCUACAGCUUUGGGGUGCUCGUCACGCAGCUUGUGUCUGAUCAUUGCGAG